CUCCUCCCCCAUGUGCACAUCAGCCAGGUAUACUUGAGAGGAAGUGAAUGAAAAAGAAACUUUUCUCUACUAACACAAACUCUUGCUGACGUGAUUUCCGACGAAACGUCGUUAGAGAAAUGUCAGACAGUGAACAUCACGAGCAGUUCUUGUGUUCGAUCUGUUUGGAUCCUCUGAAGGAGCCCGUGACUAUUCCAUGUGGACACAGUUAUUGUCUGAUGUGUAUUAAUGACUGCUGGGAUCAGAAGGAUCAGAGACCGCCGUACAGCUGUCCUCAAUGCAGAGAGAGCUUCAAUGAGAGACCUCUGCUGAAGAAAAACACUCUUUUAUCUGAGAUGAUGGAGAAGCUGGAGAAGACGUCUGUGCACACGGCUUCAUGCUCUCAGGAGAACUCCGGUGUGGAGUGUGACGUUUGCACGACGGAGAAGAACAGCGCUGUCAUGUCCUGUCUGACGUGUUUGGCCUCUUUCUGUGAAUCUCACCUGCAGCCUCACUAUCAGUCUCCUGUCUUCAUGAAGCACAAACUGGUCAAAGCCACCACGCAAGUUCAAGAGAACGUGUGUGAACGUCACGGAAAACUAAUGGAGAUUUACUGUCAGGAUGACAAUCAAUGCAUUUGCUGCUCGUGUGUUGAUAAUCAUAAAGGCCACAGUGUGGUAUCUGUGGAAUCUGAAUGGACGAAGAAAAAGGAAGUAUUACAACAGACAAAAGUGACAUGCACAAAGAUGAUCGAUGAUCGAGAGAGAGGUCAGCAGGAACUCUGCAAGGCUGUGAAGUCUUCUAAAAUUUCAGCUCAAGAAGCUGUAGAAGACUGUAAGAAGGUCUUCACUGAGCUCAUCUGCUCUCUUGAGGAAAAAUGCUCAGAGAUAAACGAUCUGAUCGUCGCUCAGGAGAAAGCAGAGACCGAUCGAGCAGAAGAUCUUCACAGACAGAUGGAUCAGGAGCUGACAGAUCUCAGACAAAAAAAGACGGAGAUUGAGGAACUUCUAAUGACAGAAAACCAAGUCCAUUUUCUUGAGGGUUUUCAGUCUGUGUGUGUUUUACCCACUUGUGAAGACAUUCCCAGCAUCACUCAGCGCUCUCAUGUGUCAUGUAAAAGCGUUUCAAUUUCAGGAUUCAAAGAGGCUUUGGAAAAGAUCUGUCAGAAGGAAACAGACAAAAUAUCUCAUAAGGUGUCACAUGUCCAUUUAGCAGAACCUCCAGAACCAAAGACUCGACUGGAUUUUUUGCAGUAUUUUUGUCAACUUCAAGUGGAUCCAAACACUGCACACAAACGUCUCUUCCUGUCAGAUUUGAAUAGAAGGAUAUCAUGCACAGGUGAAGACCAACUCCGUAGUUAUCACUCCUUUAGUUAUCUCUCAGAGCGAUUCGAUUCCUUGAGUUCCAUCAUGUGUAAAGAGGCAUUGUGUGGUCGCUGUUACUGGGAAGUUGAGUGCAGUGGUAGUAAGUGGGCUGUUGGACUUUGCUAUAAGGGAAUUGAUCGUAAAGCUGAUAGCUCCAGACUCGGCUUUAACAAAAUAUCCUGGAGAUUUGGCUAUUAUCAGAAGCAGUUUGGUUUUAUUCAUGAUAAAGUAAGAACACCUCUCACUGCGGCCUCUAAAAUCGGAGUGUAUCUGGAUCAUAAUGCAGGAACUCUGUCAUUCUAUAACAUCACUACAACAAUGACCCUCAUGUUCAAAUUCGAGACGUCAUUUACUGAGGCGCUGUACCCUGUGUUUCAUAUUCUUCAAGGUUCAUCUGUUACAAUCAUAGAGUGGGAGAGAGUGCAGAGAGAAUACUUGAAUUAAAUAAUAAAAAAUGAGUUUGUCAUGCCAUUUUGCUCUGUACUGUGCUUUAAUGCCAAAUCGCUAUAUUUUCUUGUUUUUAAAUGUACUAGUAGAUGCAGUUCCUUUCCAAAAGCUCUGACCCUGUUUUUAGCCUAAAUGCGAUAUGUCCUCUCGACCAAUCAGAAUUCGCUCGUUAGUGGUAUUUGUAUGUGUUAUUUUUUAAUUAUAUGUUUUAUGUGGUGGACAAUAUUGAAACAUGAAAUUGAAAAUAUUUAUUUAAUUUACCAUUUAUUUGUUACUAUUUAUUUUAUUUGGCUUUUAUUUAUUUCAUGCAUUUGCAUUUAUUUGAUUAUAUUCCCUGAUGUCAUAUGUUGCAUGUUCUCUUGUUUGUUUCGAAAACAACUUUUAAUUUAUAAUCAACAAUAUUGUUGUUUCAUUUAACAAUCAUUCUUCAAUAUGUUCAGACUGAGCCAAUAGACCAUUUUAACAGGAUCAAUUUAAUAUUAACAAAAUUUAUGGGUCUAUGUAAACAAAAAAAUUCAUGAAAACUAUUUAAAUGGAUUUGUAGCGUUUUGGAAAAGAGCUCUUCACUUGUAAACACAUAAUGUAUCACAAAAUUAUCAUGCACAAAUUGUUUUAUGUAUUUAUAAACCAGUGAUUUAUUUUGAUCAUUUUCAUGAUGACACAAGAUGUAUGGUGUAUCUUGGGUGCGUACUGUCUGUAAGGCUUUUCUUUGUAAUUAUGAUAUAAUAAAUAAGAAUACGAAUUUAUGUUCAA